AUGAAGCACCAUUUGAUGAUUGGGACGUGGACUCCACCAGGAGCCAUCUUCACGGUACAAUUUGAUGAUGAGCUUUUAAAGCUGGAACUGGUCAAGAGGACGGAGAUUCCAGAGGACCAGCCCAUCUCAUGGAUGACUUUUGAUCAUACACGAAAGAACAUCUACGGAGCUGGGAUGAAGAAAUGGGGUUCCUACGCCGUGGAGUCUCCAUCGAAUAUCGUACACCGCACAUCUUUGGCAAUGGGCGGACAUCCAAAGGCGAAUGAAGCAGACACGAAAACUCGGGCGAUAUUCGUUUUGGCAGCCCAGAAACCUCCUUACAACGUCUAUGGAAACCCAUUCUACGACUAUGCGGGGUUCCUCAAUGUCUUCAGCGUAGACUCCACCGGUGCUCUGGACAAGAACAUCCAGAAUGCGGAGCUAGAUGAGCAUUCCGCUAUUCAUGGAAUGGUCUUUGAUGCCGAGGAAGAAUAUCUCUACUCGGCUGAUAUGUGGGCCAACAAGACAUGGUGUCACAAAAAGGACUCCGAAACCGGCCAGCUCACCCUCGUAGGAAGUAUCGACGCCCCAUCUCCAGGCGACCAUCCUCGAUGGGUCGAAAUCUCUCCUUCGGGGAAACAUCUCUACGUCCUGAUGGAAGCCGGAAAUCGCCUGUGCAUUUACACAAUCGACCCUUCAACCCACAUGCCAAUCUACACAAACACCUCAUACCCUCUCAUCCCUCCCGGAAUGGAUACCUUCCACCCCAAGAUGUACCGUUCGGAUGUCGUCUUCCGUUCCCAAAGCGGCAACUACCUCUUCGCGACGUCUCGCUCAAACUCCCCUUCUUUGACGGGAUACAAUGCAGCCUUUAAGCUGGAUGCAGAGGGUGGAGUGGAGAGGCAGAUUUGCUUGAAUCCGACUCCUACAAGCGGUGGACAUAGCAAUGCUGUGAGUCCGUGUCCGUGGAGUGAUGAGUGGUUGGCGUUGUGUGAUGAUGWAAAGGGUUUCGUGGAGAUUUAUCGCUGGAAUGAGGAGUUUCUGGGGAGGGUGGCGCAUUUGGAUAUCAAGGAGCCGGGAUUUGGAAUGAAUGCUAUUUGGUAUGAUUGA